GAUAAUGCUUUGAGAACUCCGAAAUUAAAACACAACCAAUCCGAGAAUCUUUUCCUCCAACCCCCGUUCCGCGUGCUUAUAUCACGUGACCAAGUCAGAUUGUACCUUUUCCACGUGAUUUCCACCGGCUGUUAUCAAAACCUCCACCAACCUCACUCAAUCCUUCCGUAACCUCCCUUGUUUCAAACCAUUCGCGCUCCCACUUUUGAUGGACCUGAAAUCUGUCACCUUCUGCUUAUCCAAGGACCUAAACAUCCCGGUGCUGAUCAAGCUCCGCCACUUGCAGGGCAGCAGCCGGCUUUGUUCCGCCUCCAGCCGCGCUUUGGACCCCCAGAAGUACCAGACUUUAUCUGAAGUUUCGAAUAAAAGCGAUUUGUUUGCAACUGCCCAGAUCUUCAGCAGCAGCAAGCCGCUCACAAUUCCGGUCACCACGCCAUACACAUCCUUCAAACAGCUGCGGACAUGGGACCAGACGCUCAGCUUUCCGAUCAACUAUAGCCAGCUCCCCUUUGAUGCGGAGUUGAGCAUUCGGUUCUACGAGUUUGCGGCUAACCAAAAGAGCCUCUUUGGCGCGUGUGUGCUCCGGCUCUUCAACGACGACGAUUGCACGCUCAAAAGGGGCAAGCAGAAGGUGCGCGUAUUUCGCGAAAACGCAUGCCUGCCCGCAGAACCUACGAGUGCCCCAAACGAGUUGGAACGUAUGGAGGCGAAAAUUCGCGAAUACGAAAACGGAGACAUUCCCCCGGUAGAAUGGCUCGAUAAUUUGGUGUUCAAGAAGCUUGAAACCAUGGCCAAAAAGAGCGAUACGUUUGUAAAGCCCGAGAACGACUACUAUGUCUUUUUAGACAUGGCGCUCUUCGACUUGCCCAUCGUUUUUACUGACAUCAAGUACGUGACCCCCGCGUUGCCCCGCAGUGUCGCGAUCGCGGCACCCCAUACUGCCAGCUUUCUUGCGUACGAGAGUGCACGGCCCAAGGUGUUUGACCCGGACCAGUACCGUGAGGAUCCUAUCGAAAUGAAAUUCCGUAAGCUCGAGAGAAGUCACAAGGACGGGCCGCUAAACCGCGAGUUGAAGCCGACGCCGCGCAUACGUGAUGAACUCAACACAAUCUUGAGCUACUCUCCGCUCCAGGCGCUUAAAACCUCAGAAAAGAACUUGCUCUGGAAGUUCCGCUACUACCUCACACGUGAUAAGCGUGGGUUGACCAAGUUUUUGAAGUCGAUCAACUGGAAGGAUCAAGCGGAAGUCAAUCAGGCGGUGGGCUUGCUUAGCAGCUGGUGCGACAUCGAGAUAGACGACGCCCUUGAGCUCUUAUCCUCGAACUUCAACAACCACAGCGUGGAGCGCUACGCGGUGACGCGGCUCGGAAGGGCCAGCGACCACGAACUUUUGUUGUACUUGUUGCAGUUGGUACAGGCGUUGAACUAUGCGGAAACAGCCCAGAACGACAGUCUCACGCUUAAUGAUUCGGUUCAAGGCCAGAGUGCAUUUACGUUCAUCGAUGUGAACGACCAGGACGGUGAGCUCCCCGUCGAGCCCGCGAGCUUGUCUCCGCUCGCGGAGUUUUUGAUCUCCCGGGCUAUCAAGAACCCUACGCUCGCCAACUUUUUCUACUGGUAUGUGAAGGUUGAGGCUGAGGACCAGAGGGACUCCAUCUACUCCCUCACGCUCGAGCGGUUCUUGGAGGAUAUGAAGGCACAAAAGGACGGAAAGCUGAAUCUCAAGACGCUCCAGCUCCAGAUCGAGCUCUUCCGCAAGCUUACGGCAUUGUGCGUGGAAGUCAAGCGGUCCAGAGACACCACCCAGCGGAAGAAGGAGUUUCUCCAGGACUGGUUGGCCGACCCAAAGAACAAGAUGAUAUCGUUUGCGCCCAUUCCACUUCCACUAGACCCCACAGUGGAGAUCUGCGGGUGCUACCCGCCGGAUUGUAGUGUGUUCAAGAGCAGUUUGUCACCGGUGAAGGUGUCAUUUCUCACGACGGACGGCAAGACGUAUCCGCUUAUGUUCAAGGUGGGUGAUGACUUGCGACAGGAUCAAUUGGUGGUCCAGAUCAUCACACUAAUGGAUAACUUGCUCCAAAACGAAAACCUCGACUUGAAGUUGACGCCCUACAAAAUUCUCGCAACCGGUCCCACAGAGGGGGCAAUCCAGUUUGUGGCGAAUACAACCUUGGAUUCGGUAUUGAAGCAAUAUAACAACGGAAUCUUGGGCUAUUUGCAAUAUCACAACCCCGACCCUGAGGAACCGUUGGGGGUGCGACGGGCGGCGAUGGAUAACUAUGUGAAGUCCUGCGCGGGCUACUGUGUGAUUACGUACAUUCUCGGGGUCGGUGACCGCCACUUGGACAACUUACUCAUCUGCCCAACGGGCCACUUUUUCCAUGCGGAUUUCGGCUACAUUUUGGGGUCAGACCCGAAACCGUUUCCGCCGUUGAUGAAACUUCCGAUCCAGAUUGUCGACGGCAUGGGAGGAACCAACUCUGAGAAUUACAAGAUCUUUAAGAAUUAUUGUUUCACGACGUACACGACGUUGCGCAAGAACCUGAACUUGAUCCUUAACUUGUUCCAGUUGAUGAAGGGGGCAAACAUUCCUGAUAUUCAGGUUGAACCGGAACGUGCAGUGUUGAAGGUGAAAGAGAAGUUUGCGCUCGAGUUGACGGAAGAGGAGGCGAUUCUCCAUUUCCAAAACUUGAUCAAUGAGAGUGUGAAUGCGUUUUUGCCGGUAGUGAUUGACCGAUUGCACAGUUUGGCGCAGUACUGGAGAGCAUAAUUGUUGUUGAGCAACCUCGAGCCAUAGAAUUCAAGAACUAGAUCUAAUUAAGACUGGAAAAUUUCCCGAAGCACUUAGCGUAGCCAAAGUUAGAUGUCUAGACGCACAUAAACAGCCAUAGCGUUGCCUCUUGAUAAAGGUUGGUGUAGAGUCAUCUUUUGUUCUAACUUAUUGAGUGUAGCUACAGUUUGGGGUUUGUACGCUAAGGGAGAUUCAGUCAGAAGUUUAGUAUAUUGGGUGAAAUCCAACCUGAGGUGCAG